CAUUCUCAGUGAGGACAGUCAUGGGGAAGACAGGUGGAAGGGACGACUUUGAAUGGGUCUACAAUGACCAGCCCCACACUUCAAGAAGAAAAGAAAUCCUGGCCAAAUAUCCAGAGAUCAAGUCUCUGAUGGGUCCGGACCCCCAACUGAAGUGGGUGGUAUCGGGCAUGGUCCUAACCCAGCUCUUGGCUUGCUACUUGGUCAGAGACCUCUCCUGGAAGUGGAUCAUCUUCUGGGCUUACAGCUUUGGAGGCUGCAUCAACCACUCCCUGACUCUGGCAAUCCAUGACAUCUCUCACAACGUGGCCUUUGGCAACAAGCUGGCAAAGUGGAACCGCUGGUUUGCCAUGUGGGCCAACCUGCCCAUCGGGUUGCCUUACUCUGCCUCCUUUAAGAAGUAUCACAUCGACCACCAUCGGUAUCUGGGUGGCGACAAGCUGGAUGUUGACAUCCCUACAGACAUUGAGGGAUGGUUCUUCUGCACCCCGGCCAGGAAGGUCCUCUGGCUCUUCCUCCAACCCUUCUUCUACGCCCUUCGCCCAUUAGUGGUCAAUCCUAAGCCAGUAGGCCAGCUGGAGAUCCAGAAUGCACUUGUUCAACUCACAGUAGACUUAAUUAUCUACUAUCUAUGGGGGCUGAAGCCCAUUGUUUACCUCAUUGCAGGGUCUAUCCUGUGUAUGGGACUGCAUCCUAUCUCUGGACAUUUCAUAGCUGAGCAUUACAUGUUCCUGAAAGGACACGAGACAUAUUCUUACUAUGGAUCACUGAAUUUGAUCACCUUCAAUGUCGGGUAUCACAUGGAGCACCAUGACUUCCCGAGCAUACCUGGCAGUAAACUACCUCAGGUCAAGCAAAUCGCAGCAGAGUAUUACGAUUCCCUUCCACAACACACUUCCUGGACCCGGGUAUUAUGGGACUUUGUGUUCGACGACAGCAUCGGGCCCUAUGCCAGAAUCAAACGGGAGUACAAGCUAAACAAGCAGGGAUAGAUCUGUGACUGAAUAUGUUUCCCUUUGAACAGGAAUGUGAAUUUCAGUUGUUAAAUAUCUAUGGACUACUAUGAAAUAUUAUCUAUUUUUCCCCCAUGUAGUAUGUGGUUGUCACUGUAUAAACUUUCUAAUAUGUUGGACAUCUUAAAUCAGUCAGGAAAAGGGACGAGAAUUCAGAUAAAGCUCCAAUGGCCUGUUGUUGUGAUGCAGUGAUGACAUUUCCUUGUAUCCAGAAGACAAAAUGAGGAUGAAAAGCUAAUAUUUCCUUAUCUGCAGGUGGAGACCACAAAUGAUAGUAUUGAAUAGAACCCUCAUUAUUAUAGAAUAAUGGUCACAUACAUUCUCAUGAGGUUUUACAGAGAUGUCCCUAGCUCUGUGGUCUCUCUUUCCUGCUCAUAAGCAUUACGGCUUCUUAAGAAUAUCUGAAUGUGUGAAUCAAAGCUCAAAAAGCCUCUCAGAUUACCUAAUACAGUUUCACAUCUAUCAUGCAGAACAGUGCUGAGGUGGAAAAUGAGCAUUGAAACUUACCUUUCAGUAAGAAGAGCCUUUUCUUCAGUGACGCCCCAUUCUGCUUGUUUGCAGCUCCAUUGUGCUGUAAAUAAACUGAUUAUAUCUACAGGGAUUGGACAAAAUAACAGAAACACUGUAUAUUGAAUAUUUUUAUAAUGUUUGGUGUUUUUUGAAACUGUUGGUGAGCCAUCUUUGGACCACUGGUCCUCCUUGCUCAUGCAAUUGUAUGAAUCUGGCCUCUUUCUUCGUGAGUUUAGAGAUCACUAUAUUAAAUCAUUUUUGGGUGGUCAUAACUGAUGCACCAGUGAUUCAGGAAGCAACACUGAAUCACCUGUGAAA